UCUGGCAAACAAAAACAACACGAUUUUAAAGAAGUAUUUUACAUGUGAAAUCAUUUUAUACGAAGGAUCAAGCAAUGUAAAGCGGACACCUGCAGAGGUUAAGAAAUUGUUCCAGAAUGUGAAAAGUAGAGCCAAGAAAAAGUAUAACGAAAACAUGGCCACUGGUGGCGGUCCAGUUGGCAAGAUAACACUGGCAGAGGAAAUUGUCCUUGAAUUUCUGAAGGACAAGCCCCAACUCAUAGGGAUCCCAGGCGGGAUAGAAUCUGGAGUGAUAGAGCCUGUGGAAGAUGCUGCCAGUGUUGCAGAUUUGGUUGUGCAACAAGCCCCAAUGACAGAGAGUAAGCACAUCAGCACGCAUCAAGAAACAGUGUCAGUUCAUGCCAUUGAACAUCCAAGUGUGUCCCAUGAACACCCAGAUGAACCCAGAGUGAUGCAGACAAAUACAAAGAAACGUCGUAGGAAGUGCAUGGAUAGGAUUGAGCUCACCGAGGAGCUUCAUGACCUUGAAGUUUGCAGAGCAAGAAAGGAGAUUGAACUUUUAGAUUUAAAAAUAGCUCAACAACGUGAACUUUUCCAAUUGAAAAAAUCUGUUCUGGAGAAUGCCAUGCGAAAUGCUAACAUGGAUUUCAACAUUACUUUUCCAGGAUUAGGAAAUGAAAGUUACAAUUUUUCAUAAGAUCUCUUUUUGAAUGCAGUAUAAAUUGUUAAAGCUGCACUCUCACACAUUUACCAUUUUUACAACUUUUUCAUGUUUUGUCUUUAAUUAUAUCAUAGAUUUCAAUAUUUCUGUUCGAAAAUUAAUA